UUUCCCUCUGCACUUGGGCUCCACUUAGGAGCCCUUCUUAUCUGGGCUGGAAUAUGCAAUAACCUGUGAGCCUGCUGUUUGUCUAUUGCAGAAAAAAAAUCUAGUCGGUUACUUUCUCAUAGAAAUAACAUGCCUGCCAAAUAAAUGAAUCUGCGACCAGAAAUGUUUUGUUGUCAAACCUGCAAAUAUUUUUAUUGAUCGAAUAUCUGAGGAUUCUUUUGCAUGGUCUUACCCUUCAGUUUACCAUAGCAACUGGUUGGAGCGGCUAAGGAAGUGCUUUAUGGUGGUUCGAGCAGGUACAAAGACAGCAAACUCUGUAACUACUACAGAGAUGAAAUAAGGGGGAUAUGCCUAUAGCUGUUGUGUAAUUGUUUAAAAGGAGAAAGACAAAAGGCUGCGAAGAUGCCCUUUGCAGGCUUUAGUGAGCUGAAGGAUAAAAUCUUCAACUCAGGAAAGGAAGAGGUGAAGAAUACAGUAGGGGACACGCUGGGCAAUAUACAAAGGAAAGUCGAUGGCACAAACAUUGAGGAAGACAACAUUGAGUUGAAUGAGGAUGGAAGGCCAGUACAAGCUCCAAAAAGAAAACCUCCCCUGUGUGAUUGUCACUGCUGUGGGUUACCUAAACGCUACCUCAUUGCCAUCAUGAGUGGGCUAGGGUUCUGCAUUUCCUUUGGUAUCAGAUGCAACCUCGGAGUUGCCAUUGUGGAAAUGGUCAACAACAACACAAUUUAUGUUGAUGGAAAACCAGAGGUUGAGGGAGCUCAGUUCAACUGGGAUCCAGAGACUGUAGGACUUAUUCAUGGCUCAUUUUUCUGGGGCUAUAUCAUCACGCAGAUCCCAGGAGGCUUCAUUUCAAACAAGUUAGCAGCCAACAGGGUAUUUGGUGCUGCAAUAGUUCUGACAUCAACAUUAAACAUGUUUAUCCCAUCUGCAGCACGUGUGCACUACGGAUGUGUCAUGUUUGUACGAAUAUUACAGGGACUUGUAGAGGGGGUCACCUAUCCAGCAUGCCAUGGGAUGUGGAGUAAAUGGGCACCUCCAUUAGAAAGGAGCAGGCUGGUAACCACAUCUUUCUGCGGAUCUUAUGCUGGGGCAGUGAUUGCCAUGCCAUUGGCUGGAGUGCUGGUACAGUUUAUAGGAUGGCCGUCUGUCUUCUAUAUUUAUGGGACUUUUGGGCUAGUGUGGUAUGUGUUCUGGUUGCUGUUAGCAUAUCAGAGUCCUGCAGAGCACCCAACUAUAACAGAAGAGGAAAGAUCAUACAUUGAGGCAAGCAUUGGGGAAGGAACUCAUUUACUCAACAUUAAUAAAAUGAAAACACCAUGGAAGAAGUUCUUUACAUCAAUGCCCGUUUACGCAAUUAUUGUAGCAAAUUUUUGCAGAAGUUGGACAUUCUAUCUACUCCUUAUAAGUCAGCCUUCGUACUUUGAGGAGGUAUUUGGAUUCCCUAUUAGCAAGGUUGGGCUUUUGUCUGCUGUUCCACACAUGGUGAUGACUAUUAUUGUACCAAUCGGAGGACAGCUAGCAGAUUUUCUGAGAAGUAGAAAGAUUAUGUCCACAACCACUGUCCGAAAAAUUAUGAAUUGUGGUGGGUUUGGUAUGGAAGCAACUUUGCUCUUAGUUGUUGGAUACUCUCAUACCAAAGUCGUGGCCAUCUCCUUCCUAAUACUAGCAGUAGGAUUUAGUGGUUUUGCAAUCUCAGGAUUUAAUGUCAAUCAUUUAGAUAUAGCACCACAGUACGCCAGCAUCCUGAUGGGAAUAUCUAAUGGGGUUGGAACUUUAUCCGGAAUGGUGUGUCCAGUUAUAGUUGGAGCACUGACGAAGCACAAGACUCGUGAAGAAUGGCAGAAAGUCUUCCUGAUUGCAUCAAUGGUACAUUACAGUGGCGUCAUCUUUUAUGGAAUUUUUGCUUCUGGUGAACAGCAGGACUGGGCAAAUCCCACACUACAAAGUGAAGAUAAAUGUGUCAUUUUAGACCACGAUGAACUGGCAGAGGAGACUGAACUGCACAAUGAAACCUUUGUAAAUCCUUCAAAGAAGUCAUCCUAUGGAGCUACCAGUGAGAGCAGCAAUGCCAGGAAAAAGGGCUGGAGAAAAUCGAAAGCAGUAACCCAGGAUUUACAGGAAGACCAGGUCGCAUAUCAGUAUGAAAAUGGAAACUUUCAAGAGAUGUCAUAAUAUUAUAUGCAGGUUUAGCAUUUACAUGUCUGGGUCAAACCACAGUAAAAUGCUUGAUAAAAAAAAAUCAACAAAGCAGCUGGUUGUAUUUUCAUUUACAUUAAUAAGUGUAAAUAAUUUCACAGGUAAUAAUCUGAGGCAUUUUGCUUAGAAGGGGUCUAUAUUAAAAGCGCGAACGUUUACUUACCCGAAUACCUAAAUGCCGACACAUAUUCUGCGAACCUCAA